UUUGUAAAUUGCUGGCUCAGUGGUGGCUGUUUGGAGCAGAAAGGAGAGGGAUGGAAGAGCCGGAGUCAAUUGGUUUAGAAGCCAGCAAAGGCUGUGAUGUAAUUGAGGCUGGGAGCAGAAGGAAACUGUGGGAAGGAAAACUGUCGAAGGGUCCAGGAGACAGUGACGUCCUCCCUCCAGAUGGGCAGCGCCAGCAAUUCUGCAACCAGGAGGCUGAGGGGCCCCAAGAGGUUUGCAGCCAACUCCGUCUUUGCUGUCAGUGGCUGGAGCCAGAUAUGCAUAGCAAGAAAGAGACGCUGGACCUGGUGAUCCUGGAGCAGUUCCUGGCUGACCUGCCCCUAGAGAUGGGGAACUGGGUCAGAGAAUGCAGGCCGGAGACCAGUUCCCAGGCAGUGGCCCUGGCAGAAGGCUUCCUCCUGAGCGAGGCAGAGGACAAGAAUCAGGACCAACAGGGGCAGGACUGGAUCACGCAGGAGCGUUACCAUGGAGCAGCUUUUUCAGGUGGUACCAUACAUUCCUUCCUAUCUCUUUGGGGCAAAGAUAAAGCAGAUUCCAUGCAGCCUGAUCAGGGUCUGGUGACAUUUGAGGAAGUGUCUGUUCAUUUUACCGAGGAAGAGUGGGCUCUGCUGGACCCAGAUCAAAGAAGGCUUCACAGUGAAGUCAUGAAGGACAAUCGUCAGAAUGUGGCCUCUCUGGAAGGACUUCUAGUUCCCAAACCUGAUUCCAUAUCCUUACCGGAAGAAGCAGGAGAUCCACUUGACCAGGCCCCAGAAGAAAGAACAAGGUCAACAGAGGAUAAUGCUCUCCAGAACAAGUUCAGCAAAGAACCACCAGUCCUCCUUUAUGAUGAAACAGAGCAAAAUAGUAACACAGAAAUGAAAUGGAAGAGGGGGAACCAAUGCUGUGCUUCUCAGAGUGCUGAAUCCCAGAUAUUGGAAACACAUGGAAAAACUGACUCGAGGGAGAAACCUGACAAAUUCUUUGAAUGCGAAAUGAGCGAUAAGAACUGCAUCCUUGCAGCUCAUCAAAGAAUCCACACUAGGAAGAAACCAUAUAAACAUUUAGAGUGUGGAAAGAGCUUUGCUCAGGGUUCAGAUCUUACUCAACCUCAAAUUCACAAUGGGGAGAAGCCAUAUAAAUGCUUAGAGUAUACUGGGGAGAAAACAUAUAAGUGCUUGGAGUGUGGAAAAAGUGUUGCUUGGAGUUCAGAUCUUAUCCAUCAACAAAUCCACACUGGGGAGAAACCAUAUAAAUGCUUGGAAUGUGAAAAAAGUUUCUCUCAGAGUUCAGGACUUAUUAGUCAUCAACAAAUCCACACUGGGGAGAAACCACAUAAAUGUUUGGAGUGUGGAAAAAGCUUUACUCGGAAUGGAAAUCUAGCUGUUCAUCAAAGAACGCACACUGGGGAGAAACCAUAUAAAUGCUUGAAGUGUGGAAUUAGCUUUGCUCGGAGUGGAACACUAGCUGUUCAUCAAAGCAUGCACACUGGGGAGAAACCAUAUAAAUGCCUGCAGUGUGGGAUGAGCUUUCCUCGUAAUUCAGAUCUUACUGUCCAUCAACGAAUUCACACUGGGGAGAAACCCUAUAAGUGCUUGGAGUGUGGAAAAAGCGUUGCUCGGGGUUCAGAUCUUAUUAUCCAUCAACGAAUCCACACUGGGGAGAAACCAUAUAAAUGCUUGGUAUGUGAAAAAAGCUUCUCUCAGAGUUCAGCACUUAUUAGUCAUCAACAAAUCCACACUGGGGAGAAACCACAUAAAUGUUUGGAGUGUGGAAAAAGCUUUACUCGGAAUGGAAAUCUAGCUGUUCAUCAAAGAAUGCACACUGGGGAGAAACCAUAUAAAUGCUUGGACUGUGGAAUGAGCUUUGCUCGGAGUGGAACUCUGUCUGUUCAUCAAAGUAUGCACACUGGGGAGAAACCAUAUAAAUGCUUGGAGUGUGGGAUGAGCUUUCCUCGGAGUUCAGAUCUUACUAUUCAUCAACGAAUCCACACUGGGGAGAAACCCUAUAAGUGCUUAGAGUGUGGAAAAAGCUUUGCUCGGAGUGGAAGUUUAGCUGUUCAUCAAAGCAUGCACACUGGGGAGAAACCAUUUAAAUGCUUGGAGUGUGGAAAGAGCUUUGCUCGGAGUUCAGAUCUUACUAUCCAUCAACGAGUCCACACUGGGGAGAAACCAUAUAAAUGCUUGAAGUGUGGAAAAGGCUUUGCUCGGAAUGGAAGUCUAGCUGUUCAUCAACAAAUCCACACUGAGGAGAAACCGUAUAAAUGCUUGGUGUGUGGAAAGAGCUUUGUUCGGAGUUCACAUCUUACUAGACAUCAACAUAAGCACACAGAGAAGAAAAUGCAGAAAUUCCUGUAGUGUGGAAAGAACUUUGCUCACAGUCUUGUUUAUUGCUGUUCAACAAAAACACACAGGAGGAACCAUAUACUAUUUGUAAUCUUGGUUGUAAAUUUCUUGUGGAAUACCGAAGAAUCUAUAGAGGAGAAACAGUGUAAGUGCUUGGAGUGUGGAAAGAAGAAACAGUAGAAAGGUCUGGUGUGCUCAAAGUGUUCUGUUGCACGUUUAACCCUUCAGUCCCAUCCGAGAGUCUAUACAAAGAAGCAAUCAUAUAAAUGCCCCCAGUGUUGAAAGAGAUUUCUGUUUCAGCAGGAGACUGUUUAUGAAAGACUUCAUAGUGGUGUUAAAAGUGCCAUCAGCCGAAUUACAAUAACCACAUAGGAUUGGGAAAAUAAGAGACAUUCAGAGGUGGUUUGCCACCGUAUGCCUGCGCAUCACAAUCCACAUGGGUUUGUGUAUAAAGAAGUCAUGCCAGACUACA